AUGUUGGUUACCGCUUUACAACCUGUAGAUACAAGAACAAAAAAGGCAUCACCGUUGAAAGGUGGAAACGUAAAAGCUGUGGCAGAUUCUGGGGAAUCACCAUCCCCUCACACUAAGCAAAGCAAGACAGAAGUCGGAGGACCAAAUCAGUGCUCAUACAAAGAAAUCAAUAUGUCUAGAAAACGUGCCUUGUCCGAAGAAAAUGGAGGUGCUACUGCAUUGAAGAGCCUAACUCCAAUCAAUUUAUUUGAAGAUGAAUGUGUUUUUUGUCAUUCAUUUAGAACGAGCCUGUUUCAUGGGCCGAUGGUACGUUAUCUGAAGGGAAGAGUUGUGUCCAUUGAUGAGGGCAACUCAUCAGAUGCCAUCUACGUCCAUAGGAAAUGCCUCGAGUGGGCUUCUGGAGUAUGGUUUAAGGGUGACAUUGUUAUGAACUUUGAGCCAGAAAUUAGACGUGCUUCAAAACUGAGAUGCAAAAGAUGUGGAGUCAAGGGAGCAGCCCUUGGUUGUUAUUACGAUCCUUGCCUCACGAGUUUUCACGUUCCAUGUGCAGUUCAGACAAUUGGUUGCCGCUGGGACGCGGAUGGCUAUGUGCUGUGCCCUGAACAUGUUUCAAAUGCUCUACCAUGUGAUAAGCUGGGCACACAUACAAAGGAGAAUUGCAAUGCUUCUUCAUUGCAUCAAAGACGACGUGCAGAUAAUGAAGGAAAUUUUGACUAUCAUAAUAGGGACAAUCAACAAACUGAUCAGCUUAACACCUCAAAUGCUUCCUCGCUGACUCAGAGCCAUCCUUGUCACGAAGAAGGAAUUUCUACCAAUUGCUCAAGGGUUGGUGAACAAACGGAUCAGCUUAACUCCAGCCCUUACAUAGAAAAGGAAGAAACUUUUGACAGUCAUGGAAGGAAAAAUCAACAAACAGAUCAUCUUACCAUUUCAAGUCCUUAUUUGCCACACAGCAUACAUUCCCAAAAAGAAGAAAUUUCCACCAAUAGCUCAAGGGAUGACCAGCAAAUAGAUCAGCUUCACAUUUCAAGUUCUUCUUCCUUGCCACUGGGCUGUCAUCCAGACAUAGAAGAAAUUUCCAGAGCUUGCCAAGGGGAAGAAAUGGAAUCAGAUCAGCAUGACACAUCAAGCUGGCCUUCUGAUCAGUUAGUUUUGCUUGGUUUCUCUUUAAGUGUGGAAGAGAAGGACUUCGUGCAAAAGUUUGCGUGUUGGACCAAGGCGACGCUGACGGAAGAGUGGGCCGAAAAUGUGACCCAUGUCGUUUUGGGCAAAGGUGCUGGUAGCUCAUGGAGCAGAUCAUUUGAAGUCCUUAUGGCAAUACUGCUUGGGAAAUGGGUUGUUCAUUUCGGAUGGGUCGCGGACUGCUUGCAGCUCGCUCCAGGUCCAGAGGCUUCUUACGAGGUAGCAGCAUCCGCCAUGGAUUCACUUGGAGCAAUCGACGGGCCGAAGCAGGGGAGAAUCCGAGCAAGUGAAGGGGCACCGAAACUGUUUUCGGGACUGUGCUUCUGCCUGAGCGACUUCAUGAGCCCUGACAAAAGAGACCGCAUGCGAGACCUCAUAGCAGCCGCCGGAGGCCGGAUGCUGGGGAAGCGCGACCUGCGCCUGCUACUGAAAAAUCCUGACCGCUCUUCGUCUUCGGUGAAGCCGACGAAGCCCUGCUACUUCGUGUACGACGUCGACCCGCCCCGACAGUUCAGCGCGGGCUCGCUGCAGGAGGAGAUGGAGGAGGUGAGAGAGCAGGCGGCGGCUGGUGCGCAGGUGAUCUGCCACCUCACGGUGUUGGAUGCCGUCGCGGCGUAUGACGCGCAGAUCCUCCUGACCGUGAAGAAGGAUCGCUUCGUCAUGUCCUAA